AUGUCUGAACAACAAAAACAAACAGUCCACAUUGGCACCCGCCGCUCCGCCCUCGCCCUCCGACAAGUCGACCUCGUCAUCGCCGCCCUCCAGCCUCACCACCCCAACGUGCACUUCCAAGUCCACGCUCUCGCCACCCUCGGCGACAAGAACCAAACCGCCUCUCUCCCUUCCCUCGGCAAGGGUCUCUGGACCAACGAGCUCGAAGCCAAGCUUUUCAACAACGAAGUCGACUUCAUCGUGCACUGUCUCAAGGACGUGCCCACCACACUCCCGGAGGGCGGCAAGAUCGGCGUCGUCACGGAGCGUGAAGAUCCUCGCGAUGUGGUGGUCAUGAAGAAGAAGUGGGCUGAGCAGGGCAAAUACAAGGUCCUUGCCGAUUUGCCGGAGGGUGCUAUCGUCGGUACUUCCUCCGUUCGUCGCGCCGCACAGCUCCGUCGCCAGUAUCCUGGGUUGGUGUUCAAGGAUGUGCGCGGUAACAUCGAGACGAGAAUGCGCAAGUGUGACGAGGAGGACUACGAUUGCAUCAUCCUUGCUGCUGCUGGACUCUUGAGGAUGGGCUACGAUGAGCGGAUCGCGCAGUGGUUGGAUUCUACAACGGAGGGCGGAGGCAUGUUGCAUGCUGUUGGGCAGGGCGCGUUGGCGAUGGAGAUCAGGGAGGGCGAUGAGAAGACGUUGGAGAUCAUCAAGCCGCUGUGUCAUGAGAAGACGAUGGUGGCGACGUUUGCGGAGAGAGCGGUCAUGAGGAGCUUAGAGGGCGGGUGCAGCGUGCCGAUUGGUGUUGAGACCAAGUGGGUGGAGGAUGACAAGUUGCAGCUUAAGGCGACGGUGGUCAGCUUGGAUGGAAAGGAGAGUGUGGAUGGGCAGAGCGUGGAGGUGGUCAAGACGACUGAGGAGGCGGAGGAGAUGGGUAGGAAGCUUGCGGAGGACCUGGCGAAGAGGGGCGCGCAGAAGAUCUUGGACGUUGUCAACAAGGGUCGUGCCUCGGGUGGUGCGCUCAAGGUUGGCGAUCUCUGA